ACGUAAAAGAAACUAGAAAAGUGCAAAAACUCUUUCCCAUUUAAGUUCUUUCUUUCUUUUAAUUUUACAAGAUUUGUAUUUUCUGUUCCCCUUUAGAAGUUCUUAUUUAAAUAAUAACUAAACAAACAUCGAAAAAUGUGAAUUAGUAAAAGACUUACCCAAAAAUAAAACCAACUAAAAGUUAACAACAAAAAUGUGAAGGGCCAAAGGAAACGAGUUUCUACCUUUUCAAAUGAGCUCUACAAAAUGUUUCCUGCUGCUUGGCCCCUGCAAACGAGUUCGAAAGCCGCUGCAACGACCAACAGCCCAGUGCCCAGUGAUAAAUUGAUUAACGAAAAUGCUAAGCAAUUAAACAUUUGGCCACAAUUGUAUGAAAAUUUAUGCAAAUCAAAGCCGAGCGAUGACUGCGUGGCGGCGAGCAACAUCAAAAGGCCACGAGCAGCAGCAGCCGCAGCAGCAGCAACAAGAAGCAGGAAGCAGCACUGGCAACAACCUGGUUGCCACACCGGCAACAUCGCGCCAUUGCAAUUUGCAUUUAAUUGUUGUGAUUAUCUUGGCCUGCUGCACACGCUGGCUCUAUGGCUUGCCGGAUGGCCGCGCCACCUGCCGUUCAGUGCCUGGACUAACCAAGGAUCAGGUGGAGCUCUGCUACAAGGCCAGUGAUGUGACGGCGGCCGCUCUGGAAGGACUCGACAUGGCCAUUCGUGAAUGCCAAAUUCAGUUUCAAUGGCAUCGAUGGAACUGUUCGUCGCUGAGCACAAAGAGCCGCAAUCCGCAUGCCUCCAGUUUGCUAAAGAAAGGCUACCGAGAGAGUGCGUUCGCCUUUGCCAUCUCGGCUGCCGGAGUGGCCCACAGUGUGGCCCGCGCCUGCAGCCAAGGUCGUUUGAUGUCCUGCGGCUGCGACCCGACCAUCAAUCGGAAAACGCUCAACAAGAACCUGCGCCAAUCGCUCGACAAGGAGAAGAAGCAGUUUCUCCAGUACUUGGAGACGAACCAGAUUCUAACGCCCGAGGAGGAGAAGAAGUACGAGCGCUCCAAGAUCGCCAGUCGCUGGAAGUGGGGCGGCUGCUCCCACAACAUGGACUUUGGCGUCGAGUAUUCCAAGCUGUUCCUCGACUGCCGCGAGAAGGCCGGCGACAUCCAGUCGAAGAUCAAUCUGCACAACAAUCAUGCUGGACGGAUAGCCGUCUCCAACAACAUGGAGUUCCGUUGCAAAUGCCAUGGAAUGUCCGGCAGCUGCCAGCUUAAGACCUGCUGGAAGUCCGCCCCCGACUUCCACAUCGUGGGCAAGGUGCUGAAGCAUCAGUUCCGCAAGGCCAUUCUGGUGGAUCAAUCGAAUCUGGGCAACGGGGAGCCUGUGGUUGUCUUAAAACGGGCGCGAAAUAAGAAGUCAAAUGGGGGCAGUGGAUCUGGAUCCACUUCACCCGAUCUGGAUACCGCGGAUGCAUCUGGUGGUCAUGAUGGAGGUGGAACAGGUGAUUCAGAGGCGCGCCGACAUGAGGAUCUUGGAGUAGAGCGGGGAACGCGACAACAGAGCGCCGAUAAAAAUGCGGCAAGAAUGGCCCGUAAACUGGAGACCUCGUUGUUUUACUACCAACGAUCGCCGAACUUCUGUGAACGGGAUCUUGGAGCUGAUAUACAGGGGACCGUUGGUCGCAAGUGCAACCGUAACACCACGACCAGCGACGGAUGCACCUCCCUCUGCUGUGGGCGUGGCCAUAGCCAAGUCAUCCAGCGGAGGGCGGAGCGGUGUCACUGUAAAUUUCAAUGGUGCUGUAAUGUGGAGUGCGAGGAGUGUCACGUGGAGGAAUGGAUUAGCAUAUGCAACUGAGGGAGAUGAACGAAGUGGCAGGCGAGAGAAGGAAAUGGUAGCCUUCAGCCAGACGAAUAAGAAAAGACUUUUCUUCAAUCUAAAUGAAAAACUUAACACACAAAAAUCAGUAUUAAAAGGAAAACCAUAACAUACGCAAUAAGGGCAGAAAACAGGCUAAGAACAGACAGCAGUAAACGUGUGUGAAUGCAAUGUGCUUAGUUUAGCAAUCUCCAGCCAUUUGGAUUACGCAUAAAUAUAUUUUGUAAAUACGAAUAAUAAGAUGCAUAAUUAGUCUGUCAA